AUAAAGAAAGAUUGACAUCAUCCUACUCUAAUCCCAUUCAGAGACAGCAGUCUCGGUACAAAAGCGUACCUACUGUUUUUGUUGCACGUGUUAAUUUGAGAGCGGGACAAGUUAAACGCAACCAUGGCCAAAAGCGAUGGGUGUCAUUAUUUUAGAAGAACCAGUGUUUUUUGGAUAACUACAGUGGCGCUUUCGAUGGGAUACUUCACAUGGACAGUGUUCUGGCCACAGCAGGUCCCCUAUGACAACCUGGGCCCGCUUGGCACCCUGUCCAGAUACCUGGUGGGCAAUUACCAUUCUCUCAUGUACAAAGGAUGGUGGGCAACCUGGGUCAUCCACGUGGCAGAAGCCCUUGUUGCCAUGAAGGUCUGCAGUGACAAAGGGGUGGACGGCACAAUGACACGUUGCCUCUGGUUUAUCCAGACGGUGCUGUUUGGCUUUGCCUCUCUCGGCCUGCUUCUCAAAUACAAACCUGACCACAGGACCAAACAACACUGAUGCCACAAGGAAGACCCUGCUGCAGAACAGAGUCUAUAGUCUUUAUAGACUACACCACCACUUCCUCUACAAAUAAUGAGUGGCCAUGGCAUGAUGUGAACUUUUAUCUGCAAUCUGUUUGGGAACAAGAUAGUCAUUUGUGAUUCCAGAUUGUACAGUGCCCAGAGAGGACCAUGAAUAAAAUAACUUACAACAUUGUGAUUGUUAAGGACCUUUAGACCUUCUGAUUGAACAGUAGAAACAUUCAAGCCAUCAAAACUCUCCAUCUUACAAUACAUAGCUAUUGUGAAGCUUCCCACCACACACCCAACAUUCCUUAGAAAAAAAAUUCACUUUUUUUUUUUAUCCAGAGCAUAUUUUAGGACAGAAUGCAAUGCACUGUCUACACAGAGAUUAUCACAAGGUUCAAAAUGACAAAAUAUUUUCUGUUUUAUAUCAUGAUGGAAAAGUACCAAGUUUUCCUACAAAAUGUUUUCUAAUCAUGCUACAGCAUUUUCAAAUGUUAAGUUCAGAUCACCCAUUAUAAUCACUGUUUCUUGUUUUAAUGAAAAAGGACUACAGAUGUUUCUUAACUUUCAUUAGAUUAGAUUAGAUUAAUCCAUUUGCCUUUAAGCAUGAGCAUGCUGGGAAUUAAUUCACAAAUUAAUACAGAUAAGGGAUAAGAUGAGAGACGAAGAGUGAAGUUCUCUCAUUUAUAACGUGUGACAAAUAAAGAGUGAUUGAUGAACAAA